AUGUUCUUUGCGCCCGCUCUUCAUAACAUACCCGUCAUCAUGAAACAGCGGUGGGAGGGAGAAUUUACGAUUGAGAACCGACCGGGAGCGACGGAGAGACAAGGUCAACGGCAUCCAAGCUAUCCUGGAGCAUCACAUCGUAGGGUUCUGUUAUUGUACCGAAAACGCAUGCAAUUCAGGGUCACGCUCAGCUACCCUUACUUGUUAACCAAAGAACAAUAUGGUUUAUAUUACCGUGCUGUCGCCCUCAAAUGCGCUCAAUUUCGCGGCUCUGCUUGCAGUUUCUGCAGCGUGGGACGUUUGGAGUUUCGAUGUGCCGUCGGGGCCGGCGGCCUACCAGCAUGGUGUAAUGCCAUAGAUUUCAAGGAGAAGACGUUGACAUGCGUGCGUUCCGUCGGUAGACAGAUUUCUCUUGAGGGUGAGGUGAUCGUCAAGGAAUGA